AUGGACUGGGACGCAGAGGACACACUUUCAGGCUCGAGCACGUCGGGCGAGUACGGGUCCGCCACGGGCGGCGCGGGUGGCUCUGGCGGCUCUUUGGCGGCGGCGGGUGGCGGCUACUCGGUCGGCCUCGGCCUCCCGCUCUACGCCACGGCCCCGCCGCCCUCGCCGCGCACGCUGCCCUCGCUGCAUCGUACCUCGUCGACCGCCCGCGAGAUGCAGGCUGCGGCGGCGCGGGCGGCGGCUGCGGCGGCUGCGGCGGCUGCAGCUGCGGCGCUCCCGCCGGAGGAGAUGUUCUUGUCGGACGGCGGCAACGGCAUCGAUGACGCCGGCGCGACGGGCAAGGUCCGGCUGUCGACGGUGCCGAAAGCGCCGGUGCAACUGGCAGCGACGCACGCGGCGGCGGCAGCGGAGAUGGCCAAGGCGGUCGAGAGUGGAGCGGCGCCUCGUGGUGCGCCGCACGUCCGCAGAGCGGUCGACGUCUCCAACAAGCCACUGGAGAUGGUGCUGGCGGCCAAGAACGCGGCGGCUCGCGACCGGCCGGUCCGGUCGUGCAUGCCCGGGGCCGCGGCGCAGUACGAUGCGGUUGAGCUGGCGGGCUUUGAGGCGGGGCGGCUGGAGACGUUCCGCAGGGCGCGCAAGCGGCGGCGGACGUUGCACUCGUGGAAGGCGGUCCGUGACGGGCUUGCCUGGCGUUGGGCCUGGCUCCAGCUGCAGAUCGAAGAGCUGAAGCGGACCCGCGAGUCGUACUCGCGCGGCCUGGACGAGUACCAGCAGGAGAAGCCCAAGGUGAGCCAGGUCCGCGACGCUGAAGCCGAGGCGCUCGGAGAAGUCGCAGCACGCUGCUGCCCCAUCCAGCUCCCAGUCCCGCGGCGGAACAUGUGCAAGCGCAACAUGGCGCGAGUCCGCAAGAAGCUUGCCGCUGAGGACCCGCUCCUCGCCCUUGUCACGGCCAAGAAGCAGGCCGAGCGCGAGCGCCGCGCCUCACACCGCAAGCUGGCCCGCUCCGAUCCGCACCCGCUCUUCCCGGACGCUGCCGCUCUGCAGCUGGCUGUGGUAGGCGAGCGAGCAGCGGCGGCGAUGCCUGCGGGCGCUGGAGCAAGUGGAGGGAGUGUGCAGCCGCAAGCCGGGGUGGCGAGCGGCGGAGGUGCUACCGCGCCUUCUGCGCCGCGUCCGCCGAUGCCGAAAACGCUCAAGCGCAAGCGCAACAUCAGCAUCCAGCUGCCGACGAGCGGCAACCGACUGCGGCGGCCGGCUGCCGGCUCGCCCGCCGCCAUGUACUACUCGAUGCCCAAGCUGCUCCAAUCGCCGCGGGUUCCUGCUGCCAUCACCCAGCGGCUUGGCGUCGCCCGCGCCGCGUCGGGUAAGACCACCGGCAAGGGCUCGUCAUCGGGCAAGGGGAAGGGCAAGGGUACCAAGUCGCGGACCAACAAGCGCCGGACCGAGGACUUUAACAUCGACAACAUCGUUGUCCCGUUCACCACGCCCACCGCUCCGCCGGCGGUCUCCAAGCUCGCCGUCAAGGAGAUUGUGCUCCCGGUCGUCGAGGUAGUCGGCGAGGACUCGGAUGCCGAAGCCGAGGGCGAGGCCGAAGCCAAUGGUGGCGAGUCAUCGGACGAUGAGGCCGUCGACGACGCUACCUUUUACCGCCGGCACGCCGAGUAUGAGUACAAGGAGCGGGCGCGAUACAUGGGCCUGCCGCCGGCGACGAACUGGCGGGCCGAGUCGGUUGUCCUCCCGUCGUCGUUUGUCGAGUACGGCCGCGACGCCGACUCGAUGAAGGAGGGCGCACGGCAGUAUCUGCUCGAGCUGGAGGCGGCCAAGGCCGGUGACCUCGUCGACUCGCUCUCGUCGGAUGACGAGUUUGACUCGGACGACUCGGACGAGUUCUUUAACAAGGCGCUCUCUGACGACGACAAUGAGCUUCUUGGCCUGGGCUCGCCGCGCAAGCGCCGCCGGACACGGGCGGCCAAGGCGCAUCUGCUCAACGCGCGGCAGCGGCGCCGCUGGGAGCGGCUCAAGUUUGAGUUUCUCGAGUACGCCCGGAUGCAGCCCAAGCAGGUUGAGUCGCUGUUUGGCCUCUGGGCCGCGGUGCCCGAGCGGACGUCGCUCGUCUCGCGGCCGUCGUACAACUACGUUCUCCGCAACAGCAACGUUGUGCCUCGGCACCCGCCUGUGCCGGGCGUCACCGACGGCGGCUCCGAAAGCCCCGCCGGUCCCCGCGCCCCGGUCGUCGCCGCGUACUCGACCCCCGAGCCGGCCACAUCGCUGCUUCUCCGCAGGCUCCCGGUUCUUCCCGAGCCGUAG